AUGCCUCCAUCUUUGUAUGUCAACCUUGAAGGUGUGAAUCUCUGCCGCCACGGCAGUAUAUCAAUCAUCCAAAUAUAUGUCCUCCCAAACGAUCACACCUAUCUUGUGGAUGUGCAUAGCCUUGGAGAGGCGGCCUUCUCCAUGAGAUCCCAUGGCAAGAGGACACUUAGAGAAAUCAUGGAAUCAAGUACGGUUCCAAAAGUUUUCUUUGAUGUGCGGAAUGACUCGGACGCGCUAUAUAGCCACUUUGGGGUUGGCCUCAAUGGAGUCCAUGAUCUUCAGUUAAUGGAGUUUGCCACCCGCCGCCCCCCAAGGGGGUAUGUGAGCAGUCUGCAAAAGUGCAUCCAGAGGGAAGUCCAAAUGACCGCUGCAGAGCUGCACACUUGGAAGGCGACCAAGGAGAAGGGCUUAGAUCUAUUUGAUCCAGGGCGUGGAGGUAGUUAUGAAGUAUUCAACAUUCGACCUCUUUCAGACGAUAUUUUGAAAUAUUGUAUCCAGGACGUCAGGUUUCUCCCGAAGCUCUGGGAAGCUUACUACCCGAAGCUGAUGCCGAUCUGGGCGAAGAGAGUUGAGCUUGCCGUAAAAGACAGGAUCAUGUUGUCACAAUCAGCGGCAUAUCUACCAAAAGGUGAACGUAAGGCACGCGCCCCUCGUGAAUGGGAGCGCUACAUUUGA